UCAGUUGCAUAGUUUCAUUCAUUCAGUUUCAUUGAUCUGUGAAUUGCUGUGAAUGGUCUGAAGUGCUUUGAGAACUGUAGCAGCCGAAAUACAACAGUGCUAAUAAUUAAACAGAUUGGUAUCCCUGUUUCCCAGGGGGUUAGUUGUUGUUUUUUUUCUUUUGUUUGUUUUCAUCAGCCCUCUUGAUCGUACUUGAUCGAGUGCUGACGGCGGGCGAUCUGCGUGGGCGGUGUCACCACUCGUGCAAAAUCAAUAACGAGAAAUGCAAAAGUCCAAGGUGUAUCCGGUGGAGAAGAUCCUGGACAAACGCAUCGACAAUGGUCGUGUAAAGUACCUACUGAAGUGGCAAGGAUAUCCCGAACAUGCAAGCACCUGGGAACCAGUCGAGUACCUCAAAUGCCCGGACCUCAUCGAAAGGUACGAGCAGGAGGAGAAGGAAAAGAGCAGGCCAGUGCUCACGUACGUCUCCGACCACAACCAUCCACCGUACAACAACAACAAGAAGUUCGAGUACAUUGUUGGGGUAACCAAUGAGAACAAAGGAUCCAACCAUUCGGGCACCUUGUUGUACUUGAUCAAGCUCGAGGGCUUGAACAUAGCAACAACUCAUUCGGCGACCAUCAUCAACAAUACACAUCCACAGAUGGUCAUCAGUUUCUACGAGUCCAUCAUCGAGUGGUCAGAGGUCAAGGAGACUGAAGUGCCAAACUUAGAUUUGAGCACUUCAGUGAAGAAAGACUUCAAGGAUCUUCCUGAAGCUGUCAUCGGAGCCACAAAGGUUAAAGGCAAGUUGAGGUUCUUGAUGCGAUGGACGAGUCCGGAGGAGCGCAUCGAGUUCGUAUGGGCGAAGGAGGCUUACUUGAAGUGGCCUCAGCUGGUCAUCGACUUCUUCACGAGCAAGUUGGAUUGGGAGCCGAUCAGCGCAUAGCACGGGGUGUACUACCUGCGCCCGAUUCGGUCCGCCAAAGGUAGAAUUAAAACGAAGAAGUCCAUCAAGACGGCGGACCACCAAAACAGCAGCACUUUCUACAACUUAUAAAUCAUGUAUCAAAAACCUGACACAAGUUCUCAACUCUAAAGAAAUAAUCUAAUAAUAUCCAUUAACACAUUACAGUUCGGAGAGCCAGGGUUUUACUAAGAUCUCGAAGAGAAGAAAACAGGGUUUUUAAGUUUUACUUACAACUGAAAAUCUUACAAUAUUUUUUGAUACAGACGUCUGAUGCGUCUUUUAUAGCAGUUUUCUUUACGAGAUGAUUUCAAGAAACAAAUAUGUGAUUAUUCUUAGAUGCCAAACUAAAUGUUUUAUAUUGAAAACUAGUUUGUUUUACGAUGUGAUUGAAGAAGUUUUGUAAAUGUACAAACUUUUGUAAAGAUUGAAGGUAUUAUUAGAAUUAAGUUUAAACUUUUUCAUUUAGAAACAAAUCAAAACUGCUGCUUCGGACCGUAAUGUGUUAUUAUGAUCAUUAUUAUUAUUUCAAUUGGAAAACGUGAUUGUGUAAUCCCUUUGCUUUAAGUGUCGAACUCCUGUAGUUUCUCGAUGUUACUUAGAUGCAUGUCUCCCCUUUUCUAUGUUGCAGAUAGUAGGCUUUGAAUGUUUAAAUUUGUCCACGUGUUGCGGACGCACCACACCAUCACAUAUAUGACACAACA